CAACUUAAGAUUGACUCGCCCUUUCUCUCCUUCCUUGCUCGGGGGCGCAGCGAUGGCGCAGAGACGGAAGCCCCUGGUCCUGUCCUCCACUCGCGCCCUAAUCGAUUCCGUUCUUAGCUCCGCCAAAUCUCAGGGCGUAUGCUUCGAUGUAUUCGAAGGUUCUGCCGGCGGCGAAACUCGCUCCGCCGCUGAUCGAAGCGGGCUGCCACUGCGAUUGACCGCUGGUAUUCUUCGAUUCACCGCAAGAAACGGCGGCGAUUGCGAUGAGACGGAGAACUCCUUAAUGGUUGGGGUGUCUGCCUCUGUGCUAAAGAGACUAGGCAUUACGUCGGGGUCACUGGUUCUUGUAAAGAACUCUGAGACUAAUGUUGGAAGAGUCACUAAAGUUAAAGUUCUUGAUCGUCCACUUGCAAGGGACAGUCAAGCAAUUUCUGUUUCGUCUUCUACUCCUGUCAUGAAUAUUUUACCUUCUUUCACAUACUCACCUGAAGUUCAUCCUCCCAUCAACCAAGAAGUGGCAUAUGUUACUCCGAUGUUAGCAUUUAAUCUUGGAAUUCAUGUAACUUGUCUUAUGGUUUUGGUUUGUGGUGGUCAAGACUCUUUAAUGUCAUUGUUUGAAGUGGAAGGGAAUAAGCAAGAGAAGAGAGAUUAUCCCCCUCUGUAUGUGGAGCUUUUUCCAUGGCCUAAUUGUCCUAAGUAUGCUUCUCAUCUAAGAAUUUCCUUUGUGAAAAUUCCUGAAUGUGGCGUUCUUGAAUCUCUUAGAGGAAAAUCAGUAAUUGAAGAAGGUGACCGCCAAGAUCUGAUUGAUUUAGCAUUAAAUGAGUACUUUAGUGUUGAUAGAUUUUUGGCAAGAGGAGACAUUUUCUAUGUUCAUGUAGAUUGGCAUUGCCAUUCUGAAAUGUGUGUUGCUUGUAACCAGAAAACUCCCAAAGGAUUGUCCAGUAACAUAAUUUACUUCAAGGUUAUGUCUAUGGAGCCAUUAGAUGAGCUCAUUCUCCGUGUUAACUGCAAUCAAACAGCUUUAGUUCUUGGAGGAAGUGCAGCUUCUGCUAUUCCUCCCAAUGGGCUUAUUGCCAAUUAUGAUGAAUUCAAACCUAUUCAUGUUGAAAUGGUUAAGACAUUGACUUCUAUCCUCACUCCUGCUUUAUGCCCCUCAGCUCUAUUAUCAAAGUUCAGAGUUGCAGUUUUCUUGUAUGGUAGUGCAGGGUGUGGUAAGCGGACUGUUGUUAGAUAUGUAGCCAGACAUUUGGGUGUUCAUGUCAUCGAGUAUAGUUGUCAUGAUUUUAUUGAAUCCUCAGAGAAAAAAGUAUCUGCUGCCCUAACAAAUGCCUUUAAAGUAGCUUCUCGAUACUCACCAUCUAUACUUUUGCUUCGCAAUUUUGAUCUGCUGGCCACUUUAUCUUCCAAUGAAGGUUCAUUGUCUGAUCAAGUUGGCAUUGCGUCUGAAGUUGCAUCGAUCGUUAGGAAGUUCACAGAUCCAAGUUCCAUGAGUGAAGAUUCCUUUAGAGCGAAAGCGACUAAUGAUGCUCCAUUUCUAGUGGAAGUUGAGAAUUUGAACAGACAAAGAGUAUUCCUAGUUGCAGCUGCUAGCAGCUCUGAGGCACUACACCCACAAAUUAGACGAUGCUUCAGUCAUGAGAUAAGCAUGAACCAAAUGAAUGAGGCACAAAGAGUCAGUAUGCUGUCUGAGUCACUCGGAGGAGUUACCAAGAUUGCCAAUAAGGCAGUGGGUGAUGACUUUCUAAAAGAUGUUACUGCUCAAACCUCAGGCUUUAUGCCCCGGGAUAUAAAGGCUUUAAUUGCAGAUGCUGGCGCCAACUUUGUACAUAGAGCAUUGUUUUACAACGCCAAAGUUGAAAAUGGAAAUUUUUCUGAGAUUAUUAUUGAAGGCCAUAGACCUGUACCGAAUGAGAAUUGUUCACAUCCUUUUGCUGCCAAUCUCCUAGAGAAUGAAGAUUUUUCAAAAGCACUGGAACGGUCCAAGAAAAGAAAUGCAUCAGCCUUGGGCACACCAAAAGUGCCAAAUAUUAAAUGGGAAGAUGUUGGUGGACUUGAAGAAGUGAAGAAAGCAAUUCUGGACACUGUCCAGCUACCUCUGCUGCAUAAAGAUUUAUUUUCAUCUGGUUUACGCAAGCGUUCGGGUGUUCUUCUCUAUGGUCCUCCGGGAACAGGGAAGACAUUGUUGGCAAAAGCUGUUGCAACAGAGUGCUCACUGAAUUUUUUGAGUGUGAAGGGACCAGAGUUAAUCAACAUGUACAUAGGAGAAUCUGAGAAGAAUGUCAGAGACAUUUUUCAGAAGGCGAGAGCUGCACGCCCUUGUGUCAUUUUCUUUGAUGAACUUGAUUCCCUAGCUCCUGCUCGGGGAGCCUCUGGGGAUUCAGGUGGGGUCAUGGAUAGAGUGGUAUCGCAGAUGCUUGCAGAAAUUGAUGGCUUAAAUGAUUCUAGUCAGGAUCUGUUUAUAAUAGGUGCAAGUAAUAGACCUGAUCUUAUUGACCCAGCACUUCUGCGUCCCGGCAGAUUUGACAAACUUCUGUAUGUUGGAGUUAACGCUGAUGUAUCUUAUAGAGAGAGGGUUUUGAAGGCUCUUGCAAGGAAAUUUAAACUCCAUGAGAAUGUUUCUCUACUCUCAGUUGCUAAGAAAUGUCCACCAAAUUUUACUGGUGCAGACAUGUAUGCAUUAUGUGCAGAUGCUUGGUUUCAUGCUGCGAAGCGUAAGGUAUCAGAUGUUCGUAUAGACUCUUCGAGCAUUGAUAAAGCAGAUUCAGUCAUCGUGGAAAUCAAUGACUUUAUGAAGGUAUUAGGAGACUUAUCUCCCUCGUUAUCGAUGGACGAAUUGAUGAAAUACGAACGCCUAAGGGAGCAGUUUGAAGGAGGUCCAAGAUGAAGAAGUUCCGAAGAUUAUUGUAUACUAAUUCAUAAAUGGUAAUGUAUAAUUAUCAUUAUAGUUAUCACAAAUUUAAUUUGUUAGAUUUUAAAAAUAAAUUUAAAUUUAUAUGAGUUUGUUUUUUAA